AUGUCUACAGUCAGGGCGGCAGCCUCACUAAGGAGGAUGCACUCCUCAGCUUCAGCACCAGCCAGAGAGGCCGUUAAUCGGCACUCGCGCACCGUUACCCAACCCAAAAGCCAAGGCGCCUCCCAGGCCAUGCUCUAUGCCACCGAAGGCGUCGACCAGCAGGAGGACUUCAACAAGGCCAUGGUCGGUGUAGCUAGCGUGUGGUACGAAGGCAACCCAUGCAACCAACACAUCCUCGGCCUGGGCCAGCGGAUCAAAAAGUCCCUCGUCAAAUCAGGCAUCAUCGGCUACCAAUACGGUGUAGUAGGCGUAUCAGACGGUAUCAGCAUGGGAACCUCAGGAAUGCGCUACUCUCUUCAAUCACGAGACCUCAUCGCCGACUCGGUCGAGACCGCCGCCGGAGGUCACUGGCUUGACGGGACAGUCGUCAUCCCCGGAUGUGACAAGAACAUGCCCGGUACCCUCAUGGCGCUCGGCCGUCUGAACCGCCCUGGACUCAUGGUGUACGGAGGCACCAUCCGCCCCGGCCACUGCGGCGGCAACGGCCGUCCCGUCGAGCAACUCGACAUUGUCUCGGCAUUCCAAAGUUACGGUCGAUACCUGCAGGAAGGCCAGACCGAAGAGGCCGAGCAGAUCCGUGCUGAGACCAUCCGGAACUCGUGCCCUGGUUCCGGCGCAUGCGGUGGUAUGUACACUGCCAACACCAUGGCCUCGGCAAUCGAAGCUCUAGGCAUGGCCCUUCCCGGUUCCUCCUCCUACCCCGCCGAGAGCGAAGAAAAGCUCAAGGAAUGCGACACCAUCGGCCCCGCCAUGAUGCAGCUCCUGGAGAAGAACGUCCUCCCACGUCAAAUCAUGACCAGGCAGGCAUUCGAAAACGCAAUGGUCCUCACCAUGGCGCUUGGCGGUUCCACCAACGCCGUCCUCCACCUCAUCGCCAUCGCCCACUCGGUCGGCGUCACCCUCACCGUCGACGACUUCCAAAGCGUCUCGGACCGCAACCCCCUUCCUGCCGACCUCAAACCCAGUGGAAAAUACCGUCAUCCACUACUCAUCCGUCUCGGCCUGAUGACUGGCGACGAAAUGACCGUCACUGGCAAAACGCUCGGCGAAAACUGCGACGCCUGGAUGGAAAAGAACCAAAAACGCUGGGAAGGCCAGGACGUUAUCCGCCCUCUGGACAACCCCAUCAAAUCUAGCGGUCACAUUCGUAUCCUGCGCGGCAACCUCGCACCCGGUGGCGCCGUCGCCAAAAUCACCGGCAAGGAGGGCUUAAAGUUCACCGGCAAGUGCAGGGCGUUCGACGACGAGGAGAGCUUUGUCAAGGCGGUCGAGAGCGGGUCCAUCAAGAAAGGGGAAAAGACGGUCGUCGUGCUGCGAUACCUCGGCCCUACUGGCGGUCCAGGCAUGCCGGAAAUGCUCAAACCCACCUCCCUCAUCAUGGGCGCAGGUCUCGGUUACGACGUUGCCUGCUUGACGGACGGCCGAUUUAGUGGAGGUUCGCACGGCUUUGUCAUUGGUCACGUCGUCCCAGAAGCGCAGCUUGGCGGUCCUAUCGCCCUUGUCCAAGACGGCGAUGUCAUCCACAUUGACGCCGUCGCCAACACUCUCGCCGUGGACGUUUCCGACGAGGAAAUGGCCGAGCGCAAGACACACUGGACCGCUCCUCCUCUCAAAGUAUCCCAGGGAGCCCUGUACAAGUACACCAAGAUUGUGGCAGACGCGAGCAGGGGGUGCAUUACCGACGGAUAA